UCCGCGCGUCAGUCGGUCCCGAGCGCGGCAGCGGGGCGGCGGGCUGCAGCCUUCCGAGCGCGCCGUUCGAGGAGACCGCGGUGUCUGCGGGCGUCGCGUAAGGAGGCUUGAAGCCCAGAGAAUCGCGCAGCGCCAUGGCCCCCAUUGGUCUCAAAGCUGUGGUCGGAGAGAAGAUCAUGCAUGAUGUGAUAAAGAAGGUGAAGAAGAAGGGGGAGUGGAAGGUGCUGGUGGUGGACCAGCUAAGCAUGAGGAUGCUCUCCUCCUGUUGCAAGAUGACGGACAUCAUGACUGAAGGGAUAACAAUUGUGGAAGACAUUAACAAGCGCAGAGAACCACUCCCCAGCCUGGAGGCUGUGUACCUCAUCACCCCGUCUGAGAAGUCUGUCCACUCUCUCAUCAGUGACUUUAAGGACCCACCAACUGCUAAGUACCGGGCUGCACAUGUCUUCUUCACUGACUCUUGCCCAGAUGCCCUGUUUAACGAGCUGGUAAAAUCUCGAGCAGCCAAAGUCAUCAAAACGCUGACGGAAAUCAACAUUGCGUUUCUCCCGUAUGAAUCCCAGGUAUAUUCCUUGGACUCUGCUGACUCUUUCCAAAGCUUCUACAGUCCCCACAAAGCUCAGAUGAAGAAUCCUAUACUAGAGCGCCUGGCAGAGCAGAUCGCAACCCUGUGUGCCACCUUGAAGGAGUACCCAGCUGUGCGGUAUCGGGGGGAGUACAAGGACAAUGCCUUGCUGGCUCAACUAAUCCAGGACAAACUCGACGCCUAUAAAGCUGAUGAUCCAACCAUGGGGGAAGGUCCUGACAAGGCUCGCUCCCAGCUGCUGAUCCUGGAUCGGGGCUUUGACCCUAGCUCCCCUGUGCUUCAUGAGUUGACUUUUCAGGCCAUGAGUUACGACCUGCUGCCUAUUGAAAAUGAUGUUUACAAGUACGAGACCAGUGGCAUUGGGGAGGCACGGGUAAAGGAAGUGCUUCUGGACGAGGACGACGACCUGUGGAUAGCGCUUCGCCACAAGCACAUCGCAGAGGUGUCCCAGGAAGUUACCCGGUCUCUGAAAGACUUUUCUUCUAGCAAGAGAAUGAAUACUGGAGAAAAGACCACCAUGCGGGACCUGUCCCAGAUGCUGAAGAAGAUGCCCCAAUAUCAGAAAGAACUCAGCAAGUACUCCACCCACCUGCACCUUGCCGAGGACUGCAUGAAGCACUACCAAGGCACCGUGGACAAGCUCUGCCGAGUAGAGCAGGACCUGGCGAUGGGCACAGAUGCAGAGGGGGAGAAGAUCAAGGACCCCAUGAGAGCCAUCGUCCCCAUUCUGUUGGAUGCGAACGUCAGCACUUACGACAAAAUCCGCAUCAUCCUCCUCUACAUCUUUCUGAAGAACGGCAUCACUGAGGAAAACCUGAACAAACUGAUCCAGCACGCCCAGAUCCCUCCAGAGGACAGUGAGAUCAUCACCAACAUGGCCCACCUGGGUGUGCCCAUCGUCACGGAUUCCACGCUGCGCCGCAGGAGCAAGCCGGAGCGGAAGGAGCGCAUCAGUGAGCAGACUUACCAGCUCUCACGGUGGACCCCGAUUAUUAAGGACAUCAUGGAGGACACAAUCGAGGACAAACUUGACACCAAGCACUACCCGUACAUCUCCACCCGCUCCUCUGCCUCCUUCAGCACCACCGCUGUCAGCGCCCGCUACGGGCACUGGCACAAGAACAAGGCCCCAGGGGAGUACCGCAGCGGGCCCCGCCUUAUCAUUUUCAUCCUGGGGGGCGUGAGCCUGAACGAGAUGCGCUGUGCCUACGAGGUGACCCAGGCCAACGGCAAGUGGGAAGUGCUGAUAGGAUCCACGCACAUUCUCACCCCACAGAAACUGCUGGACACGCUGAAGAAACUGAACAAAACAGAAGAAGAAAUAAGCAGUUAAACAAUAAGCCGCCCCUCCAAGCCGCGCCCUCCCACUGCUCUGAGCCCCUAGCGCAGGCCGGUUUCUCUGCUGCCUCCCCGCCCUGCACGCCCUGGCCGGCCCGCGCUGCUCGUGUUAAUGAUGCCCUCCUCCAGUGUGAACCGAGAAUAAUGCAUUGCGUUUUUUAAAAAGAUAUAUAUGUAUCCUACAAGAAGUUCCUGUGCAAGCUGCAGAAAUUUUGGAAUUCUUGAGAAUGAAUGGACUCCUCCCCCUCAUUUAUGAUCCUGUGACCUUGUACAUAGCCACCUUCGUCACGUGCAAACUGCUCGAGUACGGAAAGGUAGAAGUCUGGGCCUUUUAAAAAUGUGUAUUGGGUUUUUCCUGUUCUUGCUGGGAAUCGCAGAGCUGUCUGUGUCCUUCAGGUAUUUCACACUGAGGAUUAAUCUGUUACCUCCUCUCCUGUUCCUACCCCUCGGGUGUCUGCUCACAUCCAGAUAAGCUGGGAAGUGACAAUCAGGGGACAGACACCUCACAAGGCUGAGAUGGAACCGGCUCUUUGCUUUCCCUCCCAGCUUGUGCCCCAGAGAUGCAGCUGUGGGUGGGGCUGGGAGUGUCCACGAGGCCAGGCUGGGUGUCCCCUGGUGUCUUCCGCAGUGUGGCCCUGCUUCCCCAGGCCUGUGGCCACACUGUGUGACCCUGAGAAAGGUCCUUCCCAGCCUAGGUCACUAUGCACAAGACAAUGAAAAGCAGACUCCUCCCCAGACGGAGAAGCAGUUAGGGUUGACCCACUGACCAGGUCCCUUGCCUGGGGCAUCACCCCUCACAGCUCCUGUUCCCCAGAAGGGUCAGCCUGGGUCAAGUUCAAGGUCAGGACUGGACUGGAACAGGUGGUUCCUGACAGCCGUGGAGAAGGGCCCGUCGGGCUGAUGCUGACGCUGUCCCCACUCCACACGCAGCCUUGUCAGGUUGUCCUCAGUUUAAGAUACUUUGUGGUACUUUAUUUUGCGUGGUGUGCAGUCAUAUGUCAUCGUGGUUGUGAGAGGCCCAUCGUCUUUCUCCUGUGCAAUCGUGUCGCUGUGAAGCAGAGGGGAAGAGCAGGUGCUGGAGGUGCGCCCGUCCCCAGGUCUCGGCAGCUCCCGUCUCAGGAACGAGCACACGUCGUUCUGCUGCUGUUGUCGUGAAAUAUAAUGACAGUGGAAGUCACAAAAAAUGUCCCCUGCCCCGGCCCUCGCCGCCCUUGCCUCCCGCAGACUGUGUGUAUAUUACUGUGUCUCGUGAUGUCCUUGCAAACGUGAUGUGCGCUUGCCCCGCCCGCCCACCUUCCUUGGAGAACAGUCCUGGACGCACUGUCACUGUGGCGUCCUCUCCUGCUGGCUCUGGAAUCUCCUGUGCACUCUACUUAGCUCCCAGGUCUCCUGUCGCCUUCUCCCCUUGAGAUCCUGCCUCCUUAGGACAGAACCCUAGGACCUGCGCUGGUUGGUUUCUUACGGUCCCCGCUUGUUUUGUCCCCUCCCUCCGACCAAGCAACGCUCACGCUUUAGGACCUUGUUUGUCAAACAUGUUGGUUUUCCUUUCUCUGUUAUUUAUAUAAAAAAUAAUUUAUCAAAAGGAUAUUUUAAAAAAAAAAGCUAGUCUGUCUUGAAACUUGUUUACCUUGAAAUUAUCAGAAUCUCAGUGUUUGAAAGUAUUGAAGCACAAACAUGUAUCCUCCGUACCGUUCUGUACUGAAGCACUUGAGUCUAAUAAAUAAAGAAUCAGCGCCCACUGCUGCUGUCCAGGGC